AUGAGCGCUACAAACUCAGUGGCCAGCCUCUCGUCAACUCCCGACGACAGCCUUACUGGAAUCCUUCUUCUCCUGGGUCUGAGCCUCGAGGACAUGAUUCCCGAGCCAGGAAUUGCUUUGUCCAUCGGCCAGGCAGGGGCAGUGACGCCGAAGAGUGCUCGAUGCAAGUCAAUCCAGCCUAAACGUCGCACUCCCCCACGCCCGCUCAACGCCUUUUUCAUCUUUCGCUCCAACUUCAAAGCUCAGAAGAUGGGCAACGCUACCGCAUACGCCACAUACGGCUUUCACAAAGACGUUUCGCGGCUUGCCGGGAUGGUAUGGAAUAGGAUGCCAAAAAGCCAACAAGAGCCGUGGCAUAAGCUGGCUAUCGAGGCUAAAGUGAGACACGGCGAGGAGAACCCCGGGUACAGAUACAGCCCCUUGCGGAAGCCUUCGGCAAAGGCUCGUACCGGCGACUCUGGGGUUAUGUCGCACUCCCCUCCCUCCGAUUCUUGA